AUGGAUGUCCGUGCAGUGCAUACAAUUUGCUACUCAGCUGUGAGCUUACCUAAUUUUCUUAAUGUAGACAAGACAGACUGCUUAUUCCUCAUUUCUUCUAGACACAAUGGUCAAUUUUUCAACUCAUCACAUAUUCUCUGUAGAACAUUCAACAAUGUUGUGAAUAAGCAAUCUGUUGUACACAAGAAAUACUAUUGUGUGCAAGUAGGUGGUGCAGGGUUCAUUAUUCAAACUGGUAGAGCCAAUUUUUCCUUAAUUUUUCAAAUCCCUCCAAGUGUCCCCUUACUUAUAUUCGGCGCCAGAGUUAUUAUAAAUGCCACAACGAGUCAGAAUUGGCAUUUGUCUAGUGGAAUGCGGGUAGAUAAUAACAAUAAACAGAUCUUUUGGUCAACUUUUUCGUUUAAUGAAGUAAAAGAAAUGCUACGUGUGAAAAAUUGGAUUUGUUAUAAAGUUUGCAUAUUGGAGGAGUCGAGGCGUGAAGAGGUAAUAAAUAAUCAGUAA